AACAGUACCUUUUCUGUCAGCUCCACUCCUCUCAUCUGACACAUGCACACAGCAAUGCGCCAUUUCCGACAUGGUAGCAUCUGAGUAUAAGUAUGCCUUGCGCCCAGCCAUCUACGGCUCCUCACCACCACAAUCAUUCAGUCAGUCGACAUUCGCUCACUACACAUUCAUUCUUUUUCAAACGCUUGAAGCGUCUCACAUUCUUUACUAUCUUCGUUGAUCGAUCUCGAGGUAUCUUUUGAACACCAACCUUUUCGUCAAAACCGGACUUUCCAACACACCAACAAAAUGAUUUCCAAGAUCCAAGCCGCUGCCAUCCUUGGCUCCCUUGCUGCCUCCGUCAGCGCCCACGGUCACUUGUCUGCCAUCAAGGUUGACGGCAAGGACUUCACCGCCUACGACCCUUCUUUCCAGUACCAGAGCCCUCCUCCCGAGGUCAUUGAGUGGUCUUGCCCCGAGUGCCAGGACAACGGUUUCGUCGACCCCUCCAUGUACGACGAUGCCACCAAGAUUGCUUGCCACAAGGACGCAACUGCUGGUGCCAAGGUCGCUGAGGUCGCUGCCGGUGGCAAGCUCGACAUCUCCUGGACCACCUGGCCAGAGUCCCACGUCGGCCCCGUCAUCGACUACCUCGCUAAGGUCGACGAUGCCACCGCCGCCAAGUCUACCGACCUUGAGUUCUUCAAGAUCGACGCCGCUGGUUUCUCGGACGGCAAGUGGGCUUCUGACAAGCUCAUCGCCAACAACAACACCUGGUCCGUGACCAUCCCAGACAGCAUCGCCCCCGGUGACUACGUUCUCCGUCACGAGAUCAUCGCUCUCCACUCCGCUGGACAGGAGAACGGUGCCCAGAACUACCCCAAGUGCAUCAACUUGAAGGUCACCGGAUCCGGUACCGCUACCCCCGCUGGUACUCCUGCCAACAAGCUCUACACUGCCACCGACCCCGGUAUCAAGGUCAACGUCUACGGUGGUGACAUGUCCAGCUACGAGAUGCCCGGUCCCGCUCUGUUCGACGGUGCCAGCUCCGGCUCUGGCAACGCUUCGGCCCCUGCUGCUAAGCCCUCUGCCACUACUCCUGCCGCUUCAUCUGCGCCCGCUGCUACCAGCGCCGCCCCUGCUAAGGUUGUCGCCACUCCUGCUGCUUCCUCCGCUGCUGCCCCUGCCUCCACCGGCAGCGCCAGCAUCGCCGACAAGGAGUUCACCCUCGACACCUUCAUUGCCUGGCUCGAGGAGAAGGCUGGCUCUUCGUCCAGCCAGAAGGUCCGCCGCCACCCCCGCGCUUUCCGCGUUUAAGUUCUUGACGCGACGAAUCUUCCUCGAGCAGACCGGUUAUUGAGACACGAUCAAUAGAAGAUGUGACGGGAGAGACCCGGAGGACGGUUGAUGAUGGAAAAGCUCCGACACUUGGUGUUCUCCACUUCUUGUAUCUAUUUGCAUUGGGUCGCUUUGGCCCAUUGCUCCUUUGACUGAAUGAUAUGUGUUGCACACAUGAAACUUAUUUCCUCUACAUAUGAGUGAUGUGACUGAUUCGAGAUUA